GCCGCAGCCAGAUGCCCCUGCACCCCCCCACCCCCACCAGUCUAGGUAACCUUCUGGAUGACUGGGGAUGGCUCACUCCCUCUUGCUCCCCUGAGAUCCCCAGCCUAUUAGGCCGGAGGAAGAGUCUGGGAGUGUGGAGCAGGGGCCUGGGUCAGGUGCAAGCGAGCAGGUACCCAGCCCCUUCUGCCUCUGCUUUCAGCCUGAAAGGGGCCAAGUUCCGGAGAAAGAGCAGUGAACAAGACAGCAGGAGUUCUCCUGUCGCGAUGUACAACACGGUGUGGAGUAUGGACCGCGAUGACGCAGACUGGAGGGAGGUGAUGAUGCCCUACUCGACGGAACUCAUCUUUUAUAUUGAAAUGGAUCCUCCAGCUCUUCCACCAAAGCCACCUAAACCAAUGACUUCAUCUGUUACAAAUGGAAUAAAGGAAAGUUCUCUUUCUCUUCAGGAUGCAGAAUGGUACUGGGGGGAUAUUUCAAGGGAGGAAGUAAAUGACAAAUUGCGGGACAUGCCAGAUGGUACCUUCUUAGUGAGAGAUGCCUCAACAAAAAUGCAAGGAGAUUAUACUUUGACUUUGCGGAAGGGAGGCAAUAAUAAAUUAAUAAAGAUAUAUCAUCGAGAUGGUAAAUACGGCUUUUCUGACCCUCUGACCUUUAAUUCUGUGGUGGAGCUCAUCAGCCACUAUCAUCAUGAAUCUCUUGCUCAGUACAAUCCCAAACUUGAUGUGAAACUUAUGUACCCAGUCUCCAGAUACCAACAGGAUCAGUUGGUAAAAGAAGAUAACAUUGAUGCAGUAGGUAAAAAACUACAAGAGUACCAUUCUCAGUAUCAAGAAAAGAGUAAAGAAUAUGACAGGCUAUAUGAAGAAUAUACCAGAACAUCUCAGGAAAUACAGAUGAAGAGGACUGCAAUUGAAGCUUUUAAUGAAACAAUUAAAAUAUUUGAAGAGCAGUGUCACACACAGGAACAGUAUAGCAAGGAAUAUAUUGAGCGGUUUCGCAGAGAGGGGAAUGAAAAGGAGAUUGAACGAAUAAUGAUGAAUUAUGACAAAUUGAAGUCACGUCUGGGUGAGAUUCAUGAUAGCAAAGUGCGUUUAGAGCAGGAUUUGAAGAAACAAGCUCUGGACAACCGAGAAACAGAUAAAAAAAUGAAUAGUAUCAAACCUGACCUGAUCCAGCUGCGCAAGAUCCGAGAUCAGCACCUUGUAUGGCUCAGUCAUAAAGGAGUGAGGCAGAAGCGCCUAAAUGCCUGGUUGGGAAUCAAGAAUGAAGAUGUUGAUGAGACAUAUUUUAUUAAUGAAGAAGAUGAAAACUUGCCCCAUUAUGAUGAGAAAACGUGGUUUGUAGAAGAUAUCAACCGAAUACAAGCAGAAGACCUGCUUUAUGGGAAACCUGAUGGGUCAUUCUUAAUUCGUGAGAGUAGCAAGAAAGGAUGUUAUGCCUGUUCUGUGGUCGCGGAUGGGGAGGUGAAGCACUGUGUGAUCUACAGCACAGCGCGGGGCUACGGCUUUGCAGAGCCCUACAACCUGUAUGGCUCCCUGAAGGAGCUGGUGCUCCACUACCAGCAGACGUCCCUCGUCCAGCACAACGAUUCCCUCAACGUCCGGCUGGCCUACCCGGUCCACGCACAGACACCCUCACUCUGCAGAUAAAGGUGCAGAGAGAGAGAGAGAGGUGGCUCUCUCGCAGUUUUUCUACGGUUUUUACUAGACAAUGAGGGCAUUCUUUCUACGUAGACUGCUUGUUUUGCACAAGAAGUGAUUCUGUGAAUGUGAAGUGGAGUGGCCGAGCUGCAGCCGACUGGGACGGGGCAGAGGGGCCUGGGUUCUCUGGACUGAGCCCAGCCACUGCAUUGACCGACGACGCUGGAAGCAGAUGUUUUUUGGAAAGUGUUUCAUUGGGAUUUUCUUUCAUUUAAGCAGGCAUCCUCGACAGAACACAGGAGGCUCCGGGGUGGGGUGGGGGGGUAUCCUGAAGCCUCUGAGUCUUCAACUCUGAAAUGGGCAGAGGUAUGGCUUUGUGGGGAGUUCUCUCCUGAAAGUCUUCUUAACUUACUCCCCGAAAGAGGGAUGUUUCAGUUUUGUGGUAGAAUGGCUUUUGGUGAAAGAGACAACCAAAGGAAAAGGGGAGGCUGGGGACUUCACAGAAAGCAGCUUGGUCUGGAGUCCCAGGCCUUCAGCAGGAGGGUCUUUCUUCCUCAGCCAACAAGUUUAGGUGCCGGCACAUCAGUAGUUCCUCCCUCUAAAAGCAUUAUGUCUGGAAACCAAAUUGACCCUAGAAAAACAUGGUUGUCGGACUACAGUCUGGAGAGGCGGCACAUAUCUGAAUGCACACUCUGUACCAAAACUUGAACAUGAAAGGAAAACUAGAAUUUGUUAGUUUUUAGCAAACACUAAAAUUGGUCAGUGUAACUCCUGCCCUGCCCUUGUUUCUCAGAGAUGAGGAAUAGCGUUUUGUUUUGUUUUGUUUUUGUGUGUGGGCAUGGUGAGCUUUGAAUCAUAAAAUGAAGUUGGUGCUUGUGUGGUGUUUCCUUAGCUUAAAGAAUGAUCUGUUUGAAACCUUUGUAAUUUGUUUGUAUGAGUAAAGAAAAGGUGCAAUCCAGUGCUUUUAGAUGGCUUGAUAUACCAAAUAAUGAUAUAGAGCAACAUUACAUGUGCUUCCCCAAGUUGAAAUGCCUGCAGAAGCAGUAAAGAGUUUCAUUUCCCUUCAUCUCCCUGUUGUCUGCUGGCUAGGCCAAGGGAGCCAUAGGUGGUGAAGGUUGGAGCAAGCAGGGAGCCAGUGGGGCCGGGAACUGCAGUGAGCAUAGAUACAGGCCCUCUGGUGUUCAGGGCUGGGGUGAAUCCCAAACCCUUGUGCUUCCAUAAGUGGUUUCUGAAGCUUUUGGAGAAGAAAGAGUGGCUUGGAGUUUAGACUGUCAGGAAUAGCCAUCUGGAAGCUUUUAUCUUGGCCUUUUUUUUUUUUUUUUCUUGGUAAUCCUGCCAUUAAGAUGAUGUGCACAAACUGUCCUCAUGGUUCAGUGGCUCCGACUUGAGUCUAGGAAUCUCCUGCCUUGUGAGGUAUAAGCCUUCCAGCUGAGUGAGGUUGGGCAAAGGAGAUUAGAGGCAGCAUCUCCUGCCUCCAUGAUGCCCAGCCCCCAUCACUCAACACUCACUUGACAAAUAGAGUCCAGCUGCCUCAGAGCCAAUCCUGGAACCAUAACAGGCCCAGAGUGAGUCAGCUUUUGAGCCUAGUGCUGUGUAGCAGCAUCCUGGCUGGGCUAGCAAAGUCUACAUGUGGGUCUUGGUGUAAGGUUUACAGCCAGGAAAGCUCUAGCUUUGUGGAUGAAAGAAACAGAGUCUGCUUUCCUGAGCACUUGUCUAAAGUGACAGGGUCUAGAAUGGACCAUGACAUAGAAAUAGACAAAGAUAACUUUUUUUUUAAACAGUUACUAACAAUGAGGAUAGGGAGGGAAAGACAUAACUUUGGCUUUUCCUUCACUAGUUACAGGAUUGGGUGAAGGCACAAACGGUCCCCCUCCUAGUGUUCAGUUCUGAUUUAAUCCAGCCAACCAUCAGGCCUUUCCCCAAAUUGCCAGAUUGAAAAUUUUGAUGGGAGUUGAACUGGUGAACGAAGUAAUGCCGGUUGGUUGCAGCUGGGCACAGCUGGAAGGCCCCGCACCUGGUGUGAGGCUGCUUUCAAGUUGUUGGAUGAUCGAGAUAGGGUGCAAAGGAAUCUCUCCUCAGGUACUAAAGUCAAGCAGGCUUUAAAACUAAUUUUCCUUGUAAAACAAACCACUGGAACCAUAUAUUGCUCAUGACACCGUUGAACCCUGUGCAGAGUAGAUGGUGAGGGCAGCGUAAGAGCUCGUGCUCGGGCUCCCUGUGCCCCGCACUGGCUGGCUUGUGGAGAAGGGCAGAUCUGCUUUAGUCCUACAUUCCUUCCUGUUUUGUUUUUAUCCUGUAUUUUAUUCUUGAAUUUUUGCUUUGUGAGUACUAGACACAGGAAUCAUUUGAGAGGUUGGAAAGGAUCUUUUGAGUAGCUGCCACCUGAUCUGCUUGAUCUUUACAUGUUGGAACAGUCUGUCAAACACUUAGCAGCUCUUUCAUUCAUUCUGUGCUCUUGGUCUCCUCCUCCUAUGGCUUGCUCAGAUCUGCCCUAUGCUCGGGUCAGCAUCUCACCACAGCGUCACUGAGGCAGAGACAGACCGAGACCAGAGAGGCUUAUUUGUUCUCCUGGUAGAGACUCUGGCACCUACUAUGGAAACAGCUUGGUGGUUGGUUGAAUGUAGUUCCUAGGCCCAUCUUUUGAGGUGGAAUUUUUUUUUUAAUUGCAAAGUAAUGUGUCUCCUCCUGGCCAUAGAUACUCUUGGCUGUGGCAGGAUCUGUGUAAGCUAGCUAUGUCCUCACUACUGAUCUGGGCAAGGCUGAGGACUCCUAAUACCUCUCUCCCAUCUUCAAGCCUUGAUGGGACCUCCCACUUAUCUGGAUCCCCUGUGCUCAGAAGCUGAGUGUCAGUGUGUGUCUUCCAUGGGUCUCCUUGCUGCAAGAAAAGAACCCAACCUUUCUUGGGUCAAGAACUGCAUCUGGUGAUUCCUGCUUUUCAAAAUCACCUGUUGCCAGUUAUGAUUCCAGGUGGGCCUCCUUAGGGCUUCCAGGGCCUCACAGCAGAAGGUCCAGCUGGAGUCUCAUCGGGCCCUCUGCCACUGGCUGCUCAGCCUUGCUUUCUCUCCAGCCACUUGUGAUAAACAACCUUGUUUCCUUAUCAAUUCCAGCAUGUGACUUUGGUGCCCUGUUGUUACUUGUGAAAAAUCUAUUCUGUUGUCUUUGAUGUAGUCAAAAAAAAUUCAUGUAGUUUACGUAAAAAAUAUUUGACUCACAAGGAAGCCAACUCUGUGUCUUGUAUUGGGACAGUUCAUAAUGUAGUUCCUAGACCACUUUUGCAAAUUGUUCUUGUCACCAGGUGUGUUCAGACAUUGCUGUGCAGUUGUGGGGAGGGGGGGAAGGUUGAGGGAAUCUACUUUUCUGGUCUUUUUGUUUUUUACCUUCCCCAAGAGGGGACAGUUUGGCCAACUUGCUCCAGUAAUGCAAUAAAAACAUUGCAAUAAA